AUGUAUUAUUUAGCUGGACUGUGCUCAGUAAUUAGUUGGACUGGUCUAGGUUCAGCAGUGGGCCUACAGUUUGCUGUAGUAGAAGAAAUAAGUGAAGAUAAUGAAGAGUUUAAUAACCACUUGCAAACCAUGAAAGAUUGGUUCACGAGAAUUUCUUAUGUAAACAAGAAAUUAUUCUUAUUGGCUCUUGUGGAAGACGUACAAUGUGCGUGGACCUUAUCAUUGCUGUUAAAGUCUAUAUGGAAUUGUCGUCUCAAAGAUUCAGUGCUUUCUAUUAGCGGAGCCGUAACACUAAGCAGCUAUGAUCAAGCUCCAAUGGAUCACAACAGAACUGCUGCACCAGUAUCAAUUCUUAGACAAAUUAUGGCAAUUGAUAGGCAGUGGUUUCGUUCUUUACAGUCAGAAAAUCAAGCUAUAGUGUUAGCAGAGUUGCUGACUGUAGCUGGAGGUCCUGUACUCUGGGAGGUUCUUAAGCGCGCACAAAACAUCUACAAUUGUUACCGCGAAUUGGAGCUACAAAAUUUGAAAGAAUCAGUAAAUGUUACAAAAAACCUGACGGACAAGAGCAAAACAUUGAAUCGUAAUUUGGAAAUUAUGGCUCGUAAUGACGAAAGUAUGGACUCCAUGAUACAGUCGGUUACGCAAAUAGAACACUAUAGUUCGCAACCACCAAGUAUGCCGUCAGUUAAAACCAGAUACGAUAUGCCUAGCAUAUGCGUCAGUCAAAAAACCGGACGCUCACCUUUCAGACACAUAAGAGAGAAAAUGAACAAGCCUAGGUAUAAGGACGACAAAGGAAUUAAGGAUAAACAGUCAACGGGCCACUUAUAUUUCCCGUGCCCUUUGAUGGAUCAAAGUAUAAUUAUUCCGCUCUCUAAGCCUCUUCUUAAAGAUCCCGCUAAUGUCAAAGUUCCAAUGAAGUCAACCAAGGUCAACAUUAAAUUACGUAACGACAUCAACACUUCACAUCAACAGGAUAACAAACGCUAUAGUCUAUGGAGUAAAGACUUGUCCAGCUUAUAUCCGGUGUCUAAGAUUGCAUCUUAUCAGUCGCCUUUAUAG